AUGGACGCGCAGUGGCGCGACGAUGCGGCGGUGGUGGCGGCUUCCGCGAAGCCUGCGCGCAGCGGAUGCUCAGCUGCAGAAGGCGCAAGCGUUAAGAAAGGCGCAAGUGACAAGAAAGACGCACGCGCAAUCUCGGGCGGCAAUGGCGCAAAGGGCGGUCACGGAAAGCAUCGCCGCCGCCGCGGAAGCAGCGCCGUCGUCGGGAAAUGCGGCGCCGCCAGCGGUUACCGGUCUGACGACAGCAACGCCGGCGCGGACUUCGGCGGGUGUUUCCGCCUCUUCAGCCCGCGCCGCGCGAAAAUCGCUCCGGGUGCGCGGAAGAUAAGCGCCGCGGGUUCCGCCACAGGUGUUCGACAGGGUUCCGCCAUGGGUGUCACCCAGGUUCGACCGGGUUCGAACAGUGUUCGACCAGGUUCCGCCACGGGCGUUCGACCGGGUUCCGCCACAGGUGUUCGCCCAGAUUCCGCCACAGGUGCUCGACCGCCUGUGCGGGGGGCUUCCGCUGACCAUUUCCGCUUCCGCCGGUCGCGGUCGACGUCGCACUUGGAUGAGCGACGCGGCGCCGGCGACGGUACCAAUGGCAGGACAGAAAACACCGACGGCGGAGAGGGAUGGGGAGAGUGGGGAACAGGGGAGGAGAAAGGGGAAGCGGGAGGGGGAUGGGGAGAGCAGGGGGGAGGCGGAGGAGUUGGAGGAGGGGAGCUUUCAUUGUUCGAAGGGGCGGAUGGUAAAGCAGCAGCACAAGCAUCUCGGCAAAAGCGGGAACAGCAACAGCUUUCUUUUCCCGCCAACACCUCUUCCGCCUCGCCUCGUUUUGCCGCCGCGGCACCUUCAUCUCGCUAUCCGCCCCAUGCGCCCCAUUCGCCCCAUCCACCUGCGUCGCCGUCGCCUCGUCAAGCGCCCUACCCUCGAUCUCGACUGACCCGUCACCUCGUCUCGUCACCGCGACUCGCCCGCCUCCUCGCCACCUCGUCGCCUCAUCACCGCACGGGCCACGGGCAGCGUACCCCCGGUCCGCCGCCGUCGCACAACCGUCGCGCAGCCCGCAGAGCAGCGUCGGCGACAGAACGCGACUUUGUGACCUUCGAAAAUCUCGCGAAUCUCGGGAAUUUCGAGAGUCUCGAGAAUACCGAAGAAAUCGAGGAUUUUGAAGUUCUUGAAGGGGCAGGCUCUAGUAUGUACGGGUAUGGUUACAGUCGCGCCGCGCCUCAGAGCAACCGCGCCGUCCGCAGAACAUGGUCCACUGUAGAACGCGGCGCGCCUCGCGCUUUCCCCGCCACGUCCCCUCGUGCUUUCUCCGCCUCACCCCCUUCCUCCGGAGGUCGUUCCGACUCGCCUCGCUUCACGAAUGCCCGCGGCUCUGCAGCUACUACUCUUGUCUGCAACACAACCGUCCGUCACGAUAACCAUCUCAACUAUGACGAGGGCGACUGUGACGAAGACGAUGGUAACGAUAACGACGAGGGAGCCGUGACGGCGCGGCCAGUGCAGCGGGAAGGCGCACAAGGCGCAGAAGGCGCAGCAAGGGGAGUUCCUGCCAAGAGCCUCGAACUCUGUUGA